AUGGUGCGUUUAAAGAGCAGAUACAUCCUAUUCGAAAUCCUGUACCCUCCUACAGACAUCAGUGUCGAAGAAUCCUUGUCCAAGGGCGACAUUCUGUUGUCGCACCACAGGGCAUCGCCCGCUGAAGUAUCCAUAAAGGCUAUAAUCCAAGAGAUACGACGCUCGCUGUCGUUGAAUCUGGGCGACUAUGGGUCUGCCAAGUGCAGCUCUCUCUUGCAGUUGAAGUACUUCUCUAAUAGGACGUCUACGGGGAUAAUCCGAUGUCAUCGAGAGGAUUGUGAUCUUGUCAUUAUGGCGUUGAUGCUGAUGUYGAAAAUUGGUGAUGUUGGUGGGCUGAUCGUGAACCCCGUCAAGGUGAGUGGGACCAUUAAGAAGAUCGAGCAGUUUGCUAUCAGAAGGAACUCUAAAAUUUUAAAUUUGAUAAAGUGCGAUAAUGAGUUCCUGAUUAACGACUUUAAGAAACUCGAGAACGAAAACGAAAACGAAAACGAAAACGACACCGAUUAG